AUGAAUCCGAAACCGGACAGGCUCAGUUUUUUUCCGGAAUUCGCGCUCCUACCGCCGAAGGGGAAGAAGGAAAUAUUUGUAGCAUUGCGUGCCGGGGGAGAAGAAAGGAUAGACGAACUGGCUAGAGUACUAGCAUACGGCGCCCCGACGACAGGUGCGGGAAUAAAGUUUCUACACGACAAAAAAUUGAAUUAAGCAUGCAUACACAUCUUUACCAGCAGGUGCUACUAAGGAAAAACAAAAAUGUCACUACGACGGAUACAUGUUCAUUCCUAAACCAACAUUUUUCUCCUAAUACGGUGGGCUCCAUUAUUACGUAUUUUAGUCGGGUCUUUGUCUUAUUCUUUUUCUUAUAAGAAAGAGGUUCAUCUCACUCUCGAGUUGGUACAUAAAUUCGAAUUGGAAUUGCAUCUUUCUCUUACUCUUUCUCCGACAGGUAACUUAUUCAUGCAAGUGCUGGCUUCGGUUCAGGUGCCAAAAGUCGUGUGCAAUAAAAGCCACUUUCACUUCCCGAUCACCUACACUGGGAAAAUCAGUGACGAUAAAUUUGUGCUCAAGAUGCGCAAUAUUGCGGGUCUAGCGGCGCCUCUCAGGUGGCGACUUCCGGAGAAAGACGUCGCCCCCCUUUUCGUAACUCUCACUCCGAUGGUGGAUGGUGUACCCAUCGCGCCUGCAGGCGACGAAAGCGGAGACGAGACCCUUGCCUUGAAUUACGGCCUUUGAUAAUUCUUUUUCUAAUAGCUGCACAGGAGAGGUGCGUAGAAGAACUUCGUUUAACCCUACACUUGUACACGCGUUCCCGAAUACUCCGUGAUCCAUUUCUCCUUCUAAACUAAGCCCGACUUUUCUUCGUAUAUGGACGUGAUUCGUCCGGAAAGCGCAAUCGAGUUAGAGGUACGGGUGACGCCGCAGGUGCAGUUAAGGGCAAGGGAGUCGCGGGAAACGCGUGUAGAUGUGAUGGUCGAGAUUGCAGGCGUUCCGUUGCCGCUGCGAAUCACCGUGACGGCCGUUGUUUUUGGCCUCGAAGUGGACUACCUAGUACGGUCACCAGAGGAGGAACAGCCCUUCCCCGACAUACCAUAUUUGCGACUGCCGCGGUCGAUUCUGACAGAAAAGCAGCUCCGGUCGACACACUGCCAUCCAGUAUUCAAUUACGGAGUUGCUGAAUGUCUCAGUUUAUUCGUAGCUACUGAGUAUAGUUUAGCUCUACCUCUAUUUCUGCGCCUAAAGUCGGAGUUAAAGAACACAUCCAUCAGUCUUAAUGUGCCACUGUGUAGACUGGUAGAUUGUGUGACUUCUCUAGUUUUCAACUACAUGAGACAUCGACUCCACAGUCCUUCUUCUCUCCUCUAACUCUUGGAGCUAGUUGAACUUCCAGCAGGCACAUUCGGUGGGCGCUCGCAGGGUAUUGGCACGCGGUCACAAACAGCAACACGGACGGCAACGCUUUCCACAUCCCUGAAAACUAGGUCGGGGACAGCCUCGGCCGCUCGUAGCGCAAGCGGAGCUAGCGGGUCUGCGCUCACUUCUUCAUCGUCUGCGCGACGGAGACAGGAGCAGUUCAAUAGCGGCCCCACACUCGACUCCAAAGCCCUAGACUUUGGACAAAUGCCUCUACUCGCGAAGCGACACCUGAGACUUAUACUCUACAAUCGAACAGGCAUCCCGGCCAACUGGACGGCGCACAUGGGCAAGUACAAGGCUUACGUACCCCCGUCUAGUCCGAAGAAGAAGAUCCUGUCUUUGGCGGGCGGAACGGGAGCAGGCAGCUUGACACUAAGACAGUUGAAUACACGUUUUUCAUACAGAUGAUCAUAGCACCAUGGUAGAUCUGGCGCACUACAAACUGAGUAAAAGUAAGUCUAACAAGUCCUUAUUUUCAUUAGUACUUUAUGAAGUCGCAUGCCUCGCCCUCCGACCCGGCACCUCUUCUAAUGCUAGACUCGCCAACAGCGGCGCCAAUGGAUGCCUCUGCAGCGGCAUCGACAUUUUCCGCACAGCCUCAGGGGAAGCUAAUUUUAGACGACAAGCAUGAGUCCCAAGUUUUUAGCAGUGCUAUGGGGAUCGAGUAUGCGCAACAGAAACUUUCGAAGGAGGCUGGAAGCCUUAACCUCAAAUAUGGUCUGGGCUUCGCGGUGGCACUCGAGCCGUCGCAGGGAAGGCUGGAAGGUUUUGGGGUGCAGGUAUUUUGAAAAUCAAAGUUGAUGUCUUCUGAACUCGUAGAUAGGAGAACGAAUCCGAGACUAAAAGCUUGUAGCGUAGUGCAUGCCAGUGCUGCGUCGUAGGUAAUUAUACUGCGCUCGCGCGAAGUGUGCGCCUCGUAGAGUUACUUGGUGCCGCGCGCUCCCCCGUGGGGGCAGCCCAACUAUGAGAGUCACCAUCUGACGGUAGUUCUAGACUCAGUUCUAUUUUUCUCCUUGAUCUUAAUCUUUAUCAUUAUCAAUAAACAAAAACAUCAUCGAUCAGGUCAUCGACUGUUAUUGCUAUUCUGACUUGCCUGGCACUAUGACGGAUCAUGUGCAUAUCCGCAUUGGCUCGCUGCCGGAGUUUCUAGUGGAUGCCAAGGUCGUUAGUGUGGGUAAUCCUUUGUACCUAGUACCCUUGCAGAUUGGGUUGAAUCUGAACGAAGAGCCUGAGGAACAAAGGGAGAGCGAAUAUCCAGAGCUUUCUUUCGGCACGCUCGUGCUCGCUGAUAGGACCACGAGGAGGAGAUUGAGAUUAGGCAAUCUCAGCUCCGCAAAUAUAGACGUCGAAUGGCGAUUCGUAAAACAAAAAAUGCUAGAAGAUCCGGACAACAGAGCGGGUCUCUCAGCCAUGGUGCUUGCGGACGAAGAGGCGGCGGGCGGAAAAGGUUCACAUACAUACAGAUACUGAUUGGCGUGCUGGGAGUUGUGUAUUUAUCGCGCAGCAACUUUGACUUUGUGAGCAGUUGAGGCACUCGAGGUUGUGGUAGAAGACGAGUCGGAACUUUACAACACGCAAUGCGUUCGUUUCUUUCAAACAUUAUCAUUCUUAUGCACGGUUUUACUUUUCGUUUACUUGUACUAGUUUUUCAGACCGACGGACGGCUAUGUCUUCUAACAGAAAAAGCCUCUUGACCUUGUACAUCUAACAGACAGUCCGAGCGAAACAGCAUGUCCUUUCAAUUGUAGUCCCCUCACCAUACCACAGAUGAUUGCAGAUGGACUGUAAUGGGCGUAGACCCUGAUCCGGAGGUCCACGAGCCGUUCAGCAUCAUGCCAAAACGGUUCACUGUGAAAAAGCACUCCGUAGCCGACUUUCAGACGAAGCUGCGGACAGACCAUGUCGGAAAAUAUCAUUACAUUAUGAGAAGAAAACUGGUCAAGCUUGAGUCGUGAGCUUUGACUAUUUGAUGUUGUGUCUUUUUCAUGCAUUAGUCGAGCUAAGUUUAAGCGAGAGAGCGCAAGCGCUUAUCAUCACUUCAUCUGUCUCGAAAGUGAGCCACCGAAGGAAUCCACUCUAAGAAGAAACUAGUAGGCGUCGGCCGGUAUUCGAAGACCCCGUCAACCGCGCCGAGCAGUAGCAGCGAAGUAGAGGGCCUUGGAGCCACAACAGGAGUAGCAGCAGACACGGAGGAGCUUGUGCUACCUCUUAAACCGCCAAAGAAUGAGGAGACAGCAAUGGUGGAGCAGCUGCCGGAACUAGAGCUAGAGUAAAGUCUUGUUACCGACGUUAACUUCGCGCUAUUGCUUAGAUGAAAUAGAAUCUGAAUCGUGUUCAUGAGAAUAUCAGCUCACACUCUCAGGCUUGUGCUUGUCUUGCUGAUCGGUUUCUUUGCGGUACCACAACCUGGCACCACCGCAUCGCAACCUUUCUCAAUCAGGAACCUGGCAGACUCUGACUCGGAUAACAGUGAGCAGGCACUUGAUGAUAUGACGUCAAACGCCGCGAAAACAGCAACGAGUCUAUUCGAAGAAGAGGACAAGCCGAGAGCAAGGAUACUAGUCGGAGACUCAGCAGCAUCAAGUAGCACCUCUCGAGGACAGAGAAAUAUGACAUGGAUCUAAUCGUGGAGAACAUGCACUAAUAAAUACUGAAUAGAUACGAGCUCGUCAAAUUGUAAGUGUAUCUAUUUAGAUUGAUAGUAGGUUUUCCUGAACAAGGUGUUGCUGUUGGUCAACAUUUCAGUUCGCCAUAGUUCUCAUCAACCCCUUCAUAUCGCAGAAGCCAAAGAAGAAGGAAAUCCCGCAGAGCUUUGUGCAACAGGUGGUUUCGACAGUUUCAGUCGAGUGUAACGGAGAAUGCGUCAUUCCUACACUACAUCUCUUAAGGCGUUUCUUUGAUGAUUCAACAUUUGCUUUGUCUAGAUUUUGCUCUCUGAGAGUGAGGAGAUCGGUACCCCGGACAUGUAUCCGCACGAUCGUUCUCGUUGCUUCUUCUCAACAGACUCCGUAAUUGCACUCCCGGAUACGGAUUUCCAAGGAAAGAAAAAUAGGCGUAGGCAGGAUACGCCCUCGAGGAAAGUAUAUAGAAGUCGUGGAACAGCUCUAAAUCUCGAUAAGAAGUUGAAUCCGAGCUACGCAGAGCCGGUGGUGAAGUUCUUUUAUCAGACACUGAAUCCAAUACCAAAUCUACACACAAAGAAUCGCGUCGGCGCAAUAGUAGUUGGUGGAGGCAACCUCGACCCUGCACCAGGGAUUGCUCUUGGUACAAGUGGCAACUCUGCUUUGACUGUACUUAGGCUUAGACCUGGUAAUUGAAAGAACUGGAGGUAAAAUUUAUUCCUGCAAUUCCUUUGAAAUUCUGAGUCCUCUACUCUAUCCGACUCCAUCCUCGUAUCUUGUUAUUUUUACAAACGAGUAAUCGAGACACCCAAUCCCCUAAAUGUCAGGUCUCAUCCGUAAGGUGUCUUUUACGCAAGAGAUACCAAGUUUUGUGCAUUGUCGGUUCAGAAUAGCACAGGGGCGUUUCCGAAUUCUGAAACUAGAAUUACCAGGGAGACAGGCAAUUUUAGGCCCCUUCUUGACCAAGCAGCAGGAGACCGACGACCACUUCAAGGUCUGUCUGAAGCCACGCGAUGUAGCAACGCUUUUGAUAGAAUUCGUGCCUCCAAAAACAUGGGAAAAGUAUGGCAUGGUUGGCGACUGAAAGAUGUGUAGGUUGCAGACCACGAGCUGCUGGAACUUGUCACGUCCAUUCGAUUUGCCUUUACAGACUAUCCUUGUUUGGUCAUGGUACUCGAGGCACCCAUUGGCAGUAUAAUGUGAAAGCAAGAUCUUCCAUCCCAGCUACUUAGAUGAAACUGUGAGAAUUCAUGCGGAUCUCUCUCCUCUUUCGCCUUUCAUAUGCCUGCAUCGUCAAAGUCAUAUGGGGAGCUCUACAUCGAGUAUCCUACCGAACAACAAGACACAGGAAGGCAAGACGCAGAAGAACAGCUUGUGGGCCUAGUGCAAGCCUCAGUGACAUCUAGCGGUGGUUCACUUAUGACUCGAAAUAAGCACUUCGUAUGUGGGUGUGGCCUUUUCAAAAGUUCCAUUAUAACUAGUGCAUUUUAUUUAUCGUCCUGCACGCAGUAGAUGACGGAUACCAAAAAAAAUGAAAAUAGGAUUGAACCUAAAAGAUAAAAGCAGCAAGCUGAAAUCUUUUUGCUUCUUCUACCUACUCUCUCAAGAAGCACGUUUCUCUCUAAUUAGCUUACAGGAAGUUCGGGCACAGGAGGUAGCACAGCGAAGCAAAGUUGGCAGCGGGCAACAUCAGCCGUCAAAUACCCCUUUCAUCCACCGCAGAUUGUUCGCUUAGAGGGAGUCGCGAAGAAGCCAGACCUGAGGUUGGAAAUCAUUCCACUCGUGGCUACGGAACCACCGACGCCAAUACCGAGCGAAACGCCACCAUGGGGGGCACAGCCGCCGCCAGUGGUACAGCUUUUGCAGAAAAUGAUGAAUCUCGUUAAAUUAGAAGCUCACAGUAUUUUUGAGUAUUAUCGAGCCACAGACUUUUUAGGUAGGUGCGUCUAGACUCAAAUUAUAAUUAUCGAAUAUCAUGGAUUUCAAACUCCUUCUGCACGUUCCGAAAUCGAUUUGAAUUUGAAACCCCCACUCUACGUCUACUCAGAUCGAGUUCAAGUUUACACAUGUGGAGGCUACAAUGCAGCGGAAGAGGCAUUUUGUGUUGACAAACCAUACCAACGUGGUAGCAAAGUGGAAGCUUUUCCAUGUGAAAGCGCCUACAAAGAACAACAACGACAAGUAUACAGUGCGCGAGCGGGAAGAGCAAUCUGUAGACGACCCUACGGCUUUCAAAUUCGAUAUAGUAGAAGGCACGCUGUGUGGGCCUUCGCAACGGUCGAGGCUACUGCCGGUACUUUGAUGUUGUAUCUCUCUCUCUCUCUCUGAUUGUUACUGUUAAGGCCCUUGUGGAAGAAGUGAUGAAAGUAGGUAGGACAACUACUAGACUUGGAAAGAAGAAGUCGCAAUCAGCCAGGAUCUGAGGACUCGUACUCGAUGAAAGUAAAUAAGGUAUGAGCAUUGGAAAACUUACUACUACAAUUGAAAUCAGAUUGGCCCCGCAUUACCGGUUGCAUGGGGACACGAGGACGCAGAGCUGUAUGAACCGCAGAAAGUCGAGGUGACCUUUUUGCCUAAGCUUGCGAGGCUAUAUCGUUGCGAGUUCCGUUUGCAAGUAGAGGGUGGAAAUCCGGUGUCCUUUGUGUGUAUGGGCGGCGGCAGCUACGACGAAGAGGAUGACGUCAUGGAGCUACUUGAAGCGUAGAUGAGAAAGCAUCUAGUACAACUAUCAACUAGUUGCACUAGCUCUAGCCUCAGGCUCAGAGACCGGUUGAAAGUAGAAAAGCGCAGAGACCGCGGCCUCGCAUUGCAAAAGCAGUCGCUGGGAAGAACAGUCUCCAGUCCUUUUUUGCUCCACCAACUUUAGCUCAGCCAUAGCUUACGAAUUUCAACACCGUAACACAAGAACGACAAGAAGAGACGCGUCUUUCAACGCAUACAUAUUCGUACGCAGGUUUACAUUUACUAGGUCAAUACGCGUCAUUCUUCCAACUACUUAGAAGGCUCUUCCACCAACGUAGAGUCUUGUUAAACAGCUUGUCUGGAACUCCGCUCGGAACCCAUGGUCGCAUGCUUUUUGUUUUUUUCAACGAUAUUGAGAUGAUGUUACGUGUUUAGUUUACUAUUUCUAGGUCUAGGAUGAUCUUGUUCUAAGUACUAAUGGGCAGCUAAUUGCUAAUUUUCAACCAUGCUAAUUUGGGUGAGCUGGCAGCUCACUCCCCUUCCUUGUACUAAGGAGUUAGCUUUCAUUUGGGUUUUGUUAUCAAUGCAUUCGCAGUCGUGAUGUCUCCAUGACCAUGAUGUACAUUUAUAUUGCGUUGUGUCAUAUGUAGAUGUCUUUUUUCGUGACAUCAUAAUCCUACGACCAGGCUGAUGUGGCACUGGCAUUGCAUAGUCAAAAACCCAACACAUACAAAAAUCCCCUGAAAACGCCCGCAUUCAAUGAACCUCGACCUUGUUAGAGUGUAAUAGGUAAUCUUCAGUACAAUAGACUAUGAACAAAAACAAACAAAGUUAAAUACGAUCAUUGACAAAGUUACCUUACAUGAAAUCUAUUAUUGCGCUGGCUAGUAUUCAAUCCAUUACAAUUACUGCGCUCCUGGCUAGUACUCAAUCUAAUCCGAUUGCGACAAAAAUUUCUACACAGCGAUUGACAGUCAACUGCUUAAACGAAAACUGCUACUUCCACUAGGUAUACAAUUUACUCGAAAGUUUUAAUGGAGCACCCGUCCUCCUUGUGGUGAAGAGUACGAAAAACAUCGCCGUUAUCGGAAUUGCAAAUGUCGGAGAAAACGUUUGAGCUUUGCACAGAACAGACCGCAAGAAGAUGAAUGAGGAAAGAGGAAACGAG